AUGGACGAAUUUGACGAAGAAGCAUUCAAAAAGUUCUUCCCUUCCGGGUUUGGAAAGCAGGAGGCGGCGGUUGAUGUUGAGUCUCAGAUCAACCGGUCCAAAAGAGCAAAGGUUGUUGCCCAGAAGCCACCUACAGAUAGUGAGGCGCAACAAGUGACCGCGCUCCCCGAAACCAAACCAGAGCAAAGAGCCCAAGAACCCAAUGAUAGCGAUCACUACUCUGACGAUGACGAUGACUCGGAGGAUUCUGACGACGAGGAUGAGUUUCCUGUCUCGCAUGAAAUGGUCCUCAAGACCCAUGAGCGCGCAGUGACGACUAUGACACUGGAUCCUUCCGGAGCCCGACUAAUAACAGGCUCUACCGACUGCACAUUGAAACUUCACGACUUUGCUUCUAUGACACCAUCUACAAUUCGCGCUUUCAAAUCAGUCGAUCCGUCAGUGAAGAAGGGCUCUGCCUCCCAAGAUACACAUGCUAUCCACUAUGCUGCAUUCAACCCAUUGUCGCCCAGCCACGUCCUCGUUAUUCCCGCGACUGCACAACCCCGAAUCCUGAGUCGAGAUGGCGAGACAUUGACGGAAUUCGUUAAGGGUGAUAUGUAUUUGCGCGACCUCAACAAUACCAAGGGACACAUUGCAGAGGUGACUAGUGGAGUUUGGUGUCCCUCAGACUACAAUCUCUGUGCUACUGCUGGAUCAGAUAGCACUGUGCGUAUCUGGGAUGCUAACGUGGGCCGCUCGCAAAAAGAAGUGAUAAUGCACAAAUCGAAAGUCGCUGGGUCUGCUGGCCGGACGAAGAUGACAGCCGUUGCCUGGGGCUCACCAAAGCAAGGUGGAUCCAAUGUCUUGGUUACUGCCGCUCUUGAUGGUAGCUUGACAAUGUGGAGUGGCAAUGGGCCAUUCCAUCGUCCUAGCGCCGAAGUCCGUGAGGCUCAUACUCGAGACACAUGGACUAGUGGACUGGAUAUCAGUGCCGACGGACGACUUGUUAUCAGCAGAGGCGGAGACGAUACUAUUAAGCUCUGGGAUACCAGAAAGUUCAAGACACCGAUUACAACCGUGUCGCAUACCUCUACAUCUGCUCGAUUCCCGACAUCAAAUAUUCAGUUCUCCCCAACAUCUGCGAAUAUCAUUGUGGGCUCGGAAACUGGCCAUUUGCAUAUCCUCAACCCGGCCACUCUGAAACCUGAGCUUGUCACUCCCGUCACACCUGGCUCGGCCCUCAUCACGGUUCUGUGGCACGAAAAGCUCAAUCAGAUUAUCACUGGGUCUGCUAAUGCGGAAACGCAUGUGCUCUACAACCCCACGAUGUCCACUAAGGGUGCGGCUUUGGUCAUGUCCAAGGCACCCAAACGUCGACACGUGGAUGAUAAUGCUACACUUACUACGGAUCUAACCAGUGGACUUUCUGGUGACUCUGUGGUUGUUGGAUCUAAUGGCGUUCCCCAAUAUACAUCGGCGACCUGGUCUGCUCGUCAUCCUACUGUGGGCCUCACGGCGUCUGGUCGUUCGCGCGAUCCUCGUCGACCUCACAUGCCUGCUGUGACGCCAUUUGGGAAGAAUCAGCCUGAUGAGAAACAUAUCCGAGAAAGCAUUCCGCUCAGUUCCAUGCGAGACGAAGAUCCUCGCGAGGCUCUAUUGAAGUAUGCAGAGAAGGCCGAGAAAGACCCGAUCUUCACCAGGGCAUAUAAGGAGACCCAGCCCAACGCAAUUUACGCAGAGUUGAGUGAUGAAGAGGAGGAUAAGGGCCCACAGAAGAAGAAAUUCCGAAGAUAA